GAAGCCAUUUUAAUUCCCAUUUGACUGUGUAUAGACCUACUUACUAUUGUAAUAUCACACUUCAGAUUUAUCGAAAUUGAUUAAUAGAUAAAUUAGCAGAGGCAGCAAUAGAUUGCAUUUUGAUAGAGAGUGAAUGCGACAAGUUCAAGACCAAUUUUGACAAUGUCUUAUCGUGUGGAAAGGCGAAUCAAUGAGCUGAAGGCAGCCAUUGACGGAUAUGUACCCGGUUCGACAUUUCGUCUGGCACGAGAUCGGCCAACCCAGCUCCCACCUGUCCUUCGGAUAGGAUUGUUUGGCCCAACAGGAGUGGGUAAAUCGGCGUUGAUCAACUCGACGAACUACGCAACGGGAUCGAUGUGGGAGAAUCGAGCGCCUGAGGGGUUUGCGGCUGAAGCCUCGAAGACGCUGGCUCGUAAUGCCUUUCCCAUGACUGAUCGAAUAACAAUGAUUGAUAAUAGAGGAAUGAGGAGCUUAGGAGGACCAUUCAUGGUUGAACUUGGUCAUCAGAUAGCCGGUGUGUAUAAUGAUGAGCAAGAAGUUGAAUGGGAUAUUGGUUUUCUACGAGGCCUGGUAGCUGGGUUAGAGAGGACCUUCAGGGCUAAACCAGAAUGUGAAAUCCACUGCGCCAUUAUCGUCAUCAGUGCUUUGAACCUAAGCCUCCGAGCCACAGACAUGACCGAACUCAUUGAUCAGAUAAGAAAAAUGACAGGGCAUCCACCUAUCGUGAUCAUCACCCACCGGAGACACCGUGACGUACGGGAAGAAAUCAUCGGUGCUUUCCUGACGGGACUGCAGCAGCAGCGCAUCGAUUACGUGUACGAGGUCGAGAACUACACCACGUCUGAUCACGAGUACGAUGCCGAUAAGCAUCUGGUUCUCCUUGAAGCCCUCUAUCAAUGCUGCCUCGUUGGUGACAAGGUCAUGAAAUACAAGGAAACCAAUCAGGGUUGUGUUAUUCUGUAAUCAUCCCUGGUAUUCUGUAGGGUAAAUUCCCACUUGGUCUAAACCCACUCUGUAUACGGAGACUUUAAAGUGCAAUCGACUUGACGACUUGGCGAGAUACUUUAUCUCGACAAGUUGACUUAUAAAAAGUUAUAUGUCAACAUGGCGAGAUAUCUUAUCUUGACAAUUUGACUUAUAAAAAGUUAUAUGUCAACUUGGCGAGAUAUUUGGACUCUGGCCGGGCCUCGGACACUUCAUAUCUCGCCAUGUCGACAUGUUUUAUAAGUCGACUUGGCAAGAUAAAAUAUCUCGCCAUGUCGACUUAUAACUUUUUAUAAGUCGACUUGGCUAGAUAACGUAUCUCGCCAUGUAGACAUAAUAAGGUUAUUAUGUCGACAUGACAAGAUAAAGUAUCUCGCCAAGUCGUCAAGUCGAUGGCACUUUAAAGGCUCCGUAGUUUACUGUCUAUUAAUUGGCCUCAUCCUUCAUGGUCUAGUCCCAAUUCGUCCACAGUCAUUUUGUCCACAAACCAUUUAAUUCGUCUAAUUGCCAUUUAUUCCAUUUACAUUCCCCCCCCCCCCAUUUCCAUUUAGGCUAAACCUAUUUCACCUGAUAUUAUCUUGGUCGUGCCCCACUCCAUUUAUUAUUAUCUAUACACCAAAUUUGACCAUGACUGUGGUGUAAACAAAUGUAGGUGGACGAAGUGGAUGUCAUACACUCUGGGCAUUAGAAGUGAUUAUUACUGAGACCAAAUUGAUAGUAGACCAAGUGGGCUUAUCUAUGAUCUGAGAUCUAGAUCAUCUGCUUGCAGGGGCGGUUCUAGGUUUUUACAUGGGGGG